GUCAAAAAUUCCUGGAACAAUAUACUACGUACGAGUAUAGCACUACUAUAGCUUGGAGUUUACAAAAGAAGCGCCAAAGAAAUUGGAUCCAAUGCCAAGAAUUGGUUCCCAAUAUCUGCUGCAGCCAAUUAUCAAUAACUGUCUCGGACCAAAACUCGUAAGGCCAUCCUCAUUUCCUCUUCCCCUUUCCCCGUCAGGCUCAGGUAGUUAUCCUCCAGGUGGUGAACGUCUCCUCCUCCUCCUGCGAACUCAUCCUUCCUCCCCUAUCCGACCCAUCGCCUCCGCCGCGUCCCUUCCUCCCCCUCCUACUCCGAACGAAGUUCACAUUAAAGUCACCAUGGAUCGGCUUGCUGACGCUGCACAUCUAAUGAUAGUCUCAGAUCUUGACCACACAAUGGUUGAUCAUCACGAUCCUGAGAAUAUGUCUCUGCUUAGGUUUAAUGCCUUGUGGGAAGCCAACUAUCGAGACAAUUCUCUGCUAGUAUUCUCAACUGGGAGGUCACCUACACUGUACAAGGAGUUGCGGAAAGAGAAGCCUAUGCUGACCCCAGAUAUUACCAUCAUGUCUGUAGGGACUGAAAUCACAUACGGCAAUGCUAUGGUGCCUGAUGAUGGCUGGGUUGAAUUUCUAAACCAGAAAUGGGAUAGAAAGAUAGUUACAGAAGAGACGAGCAAGUUUCCAGAGCUUACUCUUCAGUCACACACGGAGCAACGACCACACAAGGUUAGCUUUUAUGUUCAGAAGGAUAAAGCUCAAGAUGUAAUUAAAGCACUUGCUGCACGGCUGGAAGAACGCGGGUUGGAUGUUAAAAUAAUUUACAGUGGAGGGAUGGAUUUGGAUAUAUUACCACAAGGUGCAGGCAAAGGGCAAGCACUUGCUUAUUUGCUUAAAAAAUUCAAGGCUGAGGGUAAAUCACCUAACAACACGCUUGUUUGUGGAGACUCUGGGAAUGACGCUGAACUAUUUAGCAUACCUGAAGUAUAUGGCGUCAUGGUCAGUAACGCCCAGGAAGAAUUGUUGCAAUGGCAUGCGGCUAAUGCUAAAGAUAAUUCUAAGAUCAUUCAUGCAACUGAGAGGUGUGCAGCGGGUAUCAUACAAGCCAUUGGCCAUUUUAACCUCGGUCCCAGUGUAUCUCCAAGAGAUGUCACAGACUUGUCCGAUUCUAAGUUGGAGGACUUUGAUCCUGCUUAUGAAGUAGUGAAAUUUAACUUGUUCUUUGAAAGAUGGAGACGUGCAGAAGUUGAAAAGUCUGAGCUUUAUUUGGCAAACAUGAAAGCAGUCUGUUGUCCAUCUGGUGUGCUUGUUCAUCCAUCAGGGAUUGAAAAACUUCUUGGUGACUGUGUAAAUGCAUUUAGGACCUGCUAUGGUGACCAACAGGGAAAAAGUUAUCGGGUUUGGGUGGAUCAGGUUUUGCCAACACAGGUUGGUUCAGACUCUUGGCUAGUGAAGUACAAGAAAUGGGAGUUAUCUGGUGAAAAACAGAAGGGUUGCUUGACGACAGUUUUAUUGAGUUCAAAGGGUGUCAGUGUCCCAGAAGGGCUUACUUGGGUGCAUGUCCAUCAGACGUGGUUGGAUGGAGCUGGGCCAACUGAUGAUUCAUCCUGGUUUUUCUAAGCCGCGGGCGUGCUUAGCCUUAUUACAAGAACCCGACAGCCUACACGUCUUUGUUAAAACAAAUUUGAAAUCCCGGUGAUAGGUGAUUUUUUUUUUUAACUGUCCACUGAAGAAUUAUGUAUUGCCAUUCACUCGAGAAUUUAUGUAUUGCCUUUGGACGGUAUGAAGAUGGCUGACUAGCUGCUUCCGCUUUUUGUUCUUUUUUAUUUUAGGAAAUAAUCUGGUCUAUCUCCGUUAGAGCUGUAAAUGAAUCGAAUCGAAUCGAGUAUCUCAUGUUUGAGCUCUGUUUGUUAA